AUGUUCCGCAAGACUGUUGAGCAUGGCGUUUCUUACAUGGGCCCCUUCGGCGCUAUGGGCCCCAAGUCCAAGGGCAUCAUCACCUACAGCUGGUCCCCCUACGUGCAGAAGCCCUUCUACGGUCUCUUCUCCAAGAGCAUCACCAACAUGGCCCACCGUGUUGCCUCUAGCCUGCCCUUCAUCGCCCCGGCCAUCAUCCUCAACCUCGGUAUCUUCUACUGGGCCGAGACCACCUACGCCAAGAACCAGCUCAAGGACCCUCGCGACUUCGAGUAA